AUGGUUUAUGAUACUAUUCCUGGAUUCCUUGUUUGCAAACUCACUGCAUUUCUUGUAAAUUCGUCUUCUUGCUUCAUCCACUGGUCAUGGGUAGCUAUGUUUGCAGAGCGCUGCUUUCACAUCUAUUCCCCACUCCGCUAUCGUAUUAAUAGCACCUUUCGAACUAAGGCAGUGAUUGUUGGCAUACUGAUAUUCUCAAUGUGUAUUCAGCUAUGGAUCCCUAUUUUUAUAACUGAGAAACGAUUGAGUGGACAAUUAGAUAAUAUCUACUGUGGAGAAGAUACCAGUUAUUCCAGCCAGACCCAGUUAAUCUUAUCAUUCGAAUGCACUGCCUCAUUUUUCCUCCCUUUGAUUCUGACUAUCUUCGCCGACAUCUCAAUAUUCACUUGGAAAAGUUCAUGGGGAAGUAUAUCAUUCAACUUGGUUCCCAGAGAAGAACUCCGCGGGAAAACUAGUGAACAUAUGAAAAUUGUGUCAUUGAACAGUGUUAGAAAUUCGAAAAAACGGAGGUCGAAUGCAAUUCGUCGAUGCUUAAUUUCAGCUACAAUUACUUUAUUUCUCAACCUUCCGAACUAUAGUUUACAGCUCAUCGAUGAAUUUUUCAAUUUACGAGAGAGUUCGUCGAUUGAUGUACGAAGAGUUUUCUUGAGAAUUGAUGCAUUUGUUUACAUACUGUAUCUGAUGCAGUUUCCGAUUACUCCAAUCCACAUAUUCACAUUAUCAAGAGCUAGGACGAGGCGAGCGUCGUAA